CUAUCUGUAGAGCCUCCUCUCUGCUGUAACUGUUUGUCCGUCAGCCUUUUGACAACUAAAAACUCGCUUUUCUGCUGUGUCCACGUGGAUCAUCUAUCAUGGAAUUAUUAGUUCGGUAUCUGGACCGCAGCAAUUCAAUUUGCUCUGUCUCAACCCAAGACAUUAUCAAAGAGGAUACCCUGAGAGAUGACCUGAAGUAUUACUUUAUGAGCCCCUGUGAGAAGUACCGGGCCAGAGGACAGAAACCCUGGAAACUUGUGGUGCAGAUUCUGAAAAUCGUCAUGAUCACCACACAACUCAUCCUGUUCGGCCUCAACAACCAGCUGGUGGUGUCCUAUAAGGAGGAGAACAUGAUGGCCCUCAAAAACCUCUUCCUGAAGGACUACAGUGGGGUGGAUGAGGACGACUACAGUGUUGCUGUUUACAACCAACAACAAGUCUACGACAGCCUGUUUUUUGUCCUGGAUCAGUACAGCCAGUUGGGCCGGCUCUCGGUGGGUCCCAUCAGUUACGCUGAGGAUGAAGAAGGUAAGCUGCUUCCUCUCAUCCUGUGUAAAGAAUACUACAAGAGGGGCACCUUGGAUCCCUCCGAUGAAGCCUUCGAUAUAGACUCCGAGCUGGAGACAGUUUGUAUGUCACAUGAUCCAAAAACUGCAAACCAAUGGAAAACCCAGAAUUCCUCCUUUUUUGAUCUGGACUUUUACAGGCUUGUUGACAUCAGAGCAACCUUCCAGCUGAAAGGAAUCAACCUGCAGACUGUGCGAUCACGGGAGUUACCUGACUGCUACUCCUUCUACGUUACGAUAACAUUUGACAACCAGUGUCACAGUGGAAAGGUGAAAAUAUUCCUGGACAUCGACGUUCAGAGCUGUGCGUGCAGAGACUGGAAGAUAUCUGGCACGGCUCAGAAGAACACACACUAUCUGCUGGUGUUUGACGCCUUCGUCAUUCUGGUUUGCCUCACAUCGGCGGUGCUGUGCACUCGCUCCAUCGUUCUGGCUGUCAGGUUACUGCAGAGAUUCUCCAGAGUCUUUCAUGAGAACUACAAUCAUAAAGUGUGUGAGAAUGACCAGAAGGAGUUUCUGAACGGCUGGUAUGUGCUGGUCAUCGUCAGCGACCUCUUGGCUAUAGUUGGAUCCAUACUGAAGAUGGAAAUACAAGCAAAGAGUCUUACCAGUUAUGAUGUGUGCAGUAUAUUUCUGGGAACGUCUACAUUAUUGGUGUGGGCCGGCGUGAUCAGGUACCUGGAAUACUUCCAGAAAUACAAUGUGUUAAUUCUGACCAUGACAGCAGCCUUCCCAAAGGUGCUGCGUUUCUGCUGCUGUGCCGGCAUGAUCUACCUGGGCUACACCUUCUGUGGGUGGAUCGUCCUGGGACCAUACCAUGAGAAGUUUGAGAGCCUGAGUCGUGUUGCAGAGUGUCUCUUCUCCCUGUUGAACGGCGACGACAUGUUCACCACCUUCGCCCAGCUGAAGGACAAGAACUCUCUGGUGUGGCUAUUCAGCCGAGCGUACCUCUACUCCUUCAUCUCCCUGUUCAUCUACAUGGUGCUGUCGCUCUUCAUCGCCCUCAUCACCGACUCCUACGAGACCAUCAAGAGCUUUCAAAAGAACGGGUUCCCAUUGACGGACCUGCAGAAGUUCCUCAGAGAGCAGAAAGAUGUUCCUGUUUCAGAGGAGAGCAGUCAGACAGACGUUCAUGUCCAAAAUUCAGCCUUCUGCUGCUGCCGAAGUAAGUCACUCUAAAGAAAUGUGGAGGCAUUACACAUAUGCAGGCAGCAGACUGGCGUUUCCUCCACGCUGGGGUUUGGCUCGGGCUGACGUGGUCUGAGAGCAAUGAAAUUAGUGGUGGGAGCUAUGCAGACACACCCAGUGAUGGGCUGAUUACAGAGAAACUGAGUCUGUGCACUGGGAAGAACCCCCCUCACCCCCCCCCCCUCUUCCCCCCUCACCCCCCCUCCCUCUCACCCCCUCUAGCCAUCCUUACUGUUUUGCCUCCCACAUAAACAGGCCACGGUCAACACUCAGUUGAGACUCAACCAAUCGAAGCAGAGUAGUUUUGUUAAAGAACUGUGGUUAGUUGAGAGCAAUUGGAUUAGACUGUGAUGCUUGAGUUGUCUUUAGAUUUGCAAUAUAGUAUUUUGUGAUGGCUCUGGUGUGCGUGUCUGUGUGGUUUUAAUUUGAAGAAAGAUGUGAAAGCGCAUUCGUCAUCACUUCUUAUUCUCCUUUUGUAAUCAGAGCACGUUUCUUAAAAGUAUUUCCUAACAUGUCUGGAUAUUUCUCCAUGUCCAUUUAGAAGCUGUGGCAUUAAAUGUACACGCAACGUGACGCUUGUUGAAUAGUCUUCGCUUCCUCUUUAACCUGUCUGUUGCUACAAAGAUUACAAGUGAAAAAGAUCAAACAGCACGUAAUCAGACUGCGGUGUCUUGGUUGGACUUUGGUUCUGCAUUUAUUUGAUUUUAUUCGUAAAAUGAAUGUUAGCUUUCAGGGAAACGCUUAACUGUAACAGACAAAAGGCUAUCAUUCUUCUUUUACAUCUCUUCUCCAUUAUUCUCUAUUUCUUAACUUAUGGUAAAAAUACAUUUACAAAAAAGCUACUGUAAUGAUUUGUACAGCAUCCUGAUUGUUAAGCUACUAUUUUUUUCUGCAAAUCAGAGCCACAAAUGUUUGAAAAAUAUGUUAAAUGAUGUAAUGAGUGGAAAAUAACUGAAAAAUAUUUUUUUCACUUUUUCUUUGCCUUUUCUUAGUCUGUUAUGUCACUUUCAGUGCUCUUCCAUCAUUAUUGUUUUGUUAGACAAUGCAAUCUAUCCUGCAUGCUUUCCGGCAGUGUUUAGGAAGUUAAGUCUAAGUUACAAGGCCAUUACAAUUGUGCAAGUAAUGCAAGACGGACAAUUGAACAUGUAUCUUGUCUGUGGAGAUAAAGCAGCCAGUGGCCUUUUUAGAGGUCGCUGACUUAAAGGAACAUUAAGGGCUAAUCUUGUCAAGUUACACAGAUUCUGUAAGUGCAGUCAUUUGCAGCCUCUAAACUGACCAAAUGUCAUUAUUAUUUGCAUCUUUGUCUCUCAGUGCUUACCAAAAUUAGAUCAGCGUUCUCAGCUAACAUGUUAAUGUCUUACUGGAUGAAAUUUCAUCUACACGUACUUACUGUUAUCUUCAUCUACAACAAGUGAUCUUGUUAGGAAAGCAAGUUGAGGAGCAAGAGUCCCCCUUUAGUUGGAUUCAAAACUUUUUUUUAUUUGGGAUAUAUAUAAAGCAAGCUAAUCAGUGAAAUAAUAUAUUGAGGCUCAAGACUCUUGUGAAUGAAAUCUAAAGUUAUAUCCUUGUCGCUACCUGUCAUCAUAACAAACACUGAAAUGGCUAGUCAAAUCUGCACACAAAUAUUCUCCUGAUCUAUGUCCUGAAUGCAUCUGCUUCAGUUUAUCUCAUGUUGGCAUGUUACAGCAAAGAGUAGAUAUUAUGUGUGACUAAGGUAGUGCAAUGAUGUGCAUGGAAGUAUAGAGUAGCAAAGAGUCAGCUUCGCUUUCCAAGGGUAGGAUUAAACAUUUAUCUGUGAAAUACAUUCACAUCUGCAUCAGUUUGUGAUAUACUGAGUCUGAGACUUGGUCCGCUAACUAAGCAGUACAAUGUGCUGUUUAUGGCAGAUCAUAAAGAUGAAGGCAAAAACAUGUCUAAUCGUUUGCAGAUUUGAUAAAGAAGAGACAUGUUUACUGCCUUGAAAGCAAAAACACAAGAUAAUGUUUUGAACUUAAUGCUGAAAAGACUGUCGUUUUCAAGUGACAAGUGCGUGUUUUGGGGGAUUUAUUCUCAGAAUGGGUAAAAUCACCAAAGACCAUAAAGGUCAUUUGUACUUGUAGUUGCUCCUAUUGACCAAAACCGUAGAACUAUGAGGUUUUUCUAAGAAUUUACCCUUUUUAGUUAAGAAUAGAUCCUAAGUUAUUCACACAGCAUCUUAGACCUUGAGAGUUACGAUUAUGAAACACCUCCUGUCUUUUAAAGUCUCUCUUCCUACUUUUCUCUGUGUUGCUCUCAGGAUUAACCUUAACUGAGAUUAGUUAAGACUAGGUUGAGAGUAGUCCCAGUUUAUUUUUGAUUACGGCCCCAGAAAUCCAGACCUUAUCCUGCAUCUUUUUGUUGUGUCUCAGUGAGUCAGGGGCAAACCUGUAUAAAGGUGGAAGCCCAGAGAAUAAAGAGCAGUUGUUGUGCUGGUAUGAAUCAUAGGAGUAACCUGUGAUAAUCUGUAUCUGGGUUAUCACAACAACACCUUAAUAAUGUAGCAACAGUUAUUUUCACCAGUCUGAACAAGCAGAUGUGGGUCUGAAUUUAACUUCCUCCUGACGUUUAUUUGUGAUGUAACACUUAAAUAUUUCAUUUCAAUGUCCCAAUAGUGUAACUCUUAAAAAACCAAAACAACUCUUCUUAGAUAUUUGAUGAAAUGAAGCACUCGUAUUACCAAAAAUGACCACGUACUUUGGUGUUGAUUAGACAUUUGAAGUCUCAUUCUUCUUUUGGUAUGUUGUAUUUGCAGAGUUCCUGAAGGUGAUGAUGUCGUACUGAUCAGCUGACAGCUGUCCAACCUCCCGGAGGACACGGAUCACACAGGAGGAGGAUGCUGGGAACAGGACGUCUGAAACGGACUUCUACAUCAACAAUCCCAUUGCAAAAUCCUUGAAGAUUGUAGAGUUACUGAUUCUGUGAAGUGCAAUAUCAAACGCCUAACGAGUUCCAUCUCUUUAACAUGAAACUGGAGCUGGAGCUUCAGAGCUGGAACUUGUAACAAUAAGGUUUCAUAACAGUAUCUGUUGAAGUUCAGGAUGCUGUUGAGAAGUUUACUGGACGUUUUGUAGGUCUGUUCAUGCAUUUAGUACUGGAUUCAGUGUUUUCUGAACCAAACUGUGGCUGCAACUCUGGAGCUAAGCAACGAGAUGCAUUGAUGUUUGUAAUUUAUUUGUCAUGUGUUGGAGUAAAGAUUGCAGUAAAGCUUCUCUUUUCA